UGUGGAGGAGGAACCUCAAUCUUCUGCAGCUCUGGUUGUUCAGAGAAUCUUUGACGCCAUCGAGAAACAUGGUUUGAGCGGAGAGUCUCUGUAUGAAGCUCUUCCAGACACCAGCGGUCCCAAGGAGCUCCGCCAGGCCCUCGACUCAGAUCCGGUCUCCAUGAACUUGGACCAGUACAAUGUGAUUUCUUUGACUGAUGCCCUCAGAGGUUUCCUUCAGGACCUGCCCACUCCCAUCAUCCCUCCUACAGUCUACACUGAUCUCAUCAAUGCCUCACAAGAGAGUGGGACUGUAGAGGAAUGUGGGCAGAAGCUGAAGACCAUCCUUCAGUCUCCAAGUGUCCCUCCGGCCAGCCACCAUCUCCUGAUCCACCUCAGCCAGCAUCUAAACUGGGUCAGCCAGCAACACAGGACAAGCCCCCGUCUGCUGGGACAGGCCUUCGCCAACAUCAUCUUCAAGCACAAUCUGAGUGCUAUUGGAAAUCUGGAGCAUCACAUCAGGAUCUUAGAAGCUCUCAUUGGGUCUGGAGGUGUUGAGAAGCAGUCUGCUCCAGCUCUUCCUCCAAAGCCAGCCAAGUCUCAGCAGUCUUCUUCAGCCGGGGAGGAAGGAGGAGGUGAAGCCGAUGACGGCGGGGUGGCCGGUCCACUGCAGGAGGCGGAGUGGUACUGGGGCGACAUAUCCAGGGAGGAGGUGAACGAAAAGCUCAGAGACAUGCCUGACGGGACCUUUCUGGUUCGGGACGCCUCCACCAAGAUGCAGGGCGACUACACGCUGACCCUGAGGAAAGGAGGGAACAACAAGCUGAUCAAGAUCUACCACAGAGACGGGAAGUACGGCUUCUCUGAGCCGCUCACCUUCAGCUCUGUGGUGGAGCUCAUCAGCCACUACAGGCACCAGUCUCUGGCCCAGUACAACACCAAGCUGGACGUCAAGCUCCUGUACCCGGUGUCCCGCUUCCAGCAGGACCAGCUGGUGAAGGAGGACAACAUCGAUGCUGUGGGGAAAAAGCUGCAGGAAUACCACAGUCAGUACCAGGAGAAGAGCAAAGAGUACGACCUGCUGUAUGAGGAGUACACCAAGACCUCGCAGGAGAUCCAGAUGAAGCGCACAGCCAUUGAGGCCUUCAACGAGACCAUCAAGAUCUUCGAGGAGCAGUGUCACACACAGGAGCGCUACAGCAAGGACUGCAGCGAGCGCCUCUGCCGCGAGGCCAACGACACGGAGAUGGAGCGGAUCCUGGUGAACUUCGAGAAGCUCAAAUCCCGUCUGGGAGAGAUCCACGACAGCAAGGUGCGGCUGGAGCAGGACCUGAAGACGCAGGCCACGGACAACCGGGAGACGGACAAGAAGAUGAACAGCCUGAAGCCCGACCUCUUACAGCUCCGCAAGAUCCGGGACCAGUACCUAGUCUGGCUGAAUCAGAAAGGAGUCCGGCAGAAACGAAUCAACGACUGGCUGGGAAUAAAGAACGACAACCCUGAUCAAAGCUACUUCAUGGCUGAUGAGGAUGAGAACCUGCCCCACCACGAUGAGAAGAGCUGGUUCGUGGGCGAUCUGAACCGGACACAGGCGGAGGAGCUGCUGGUCGGGAAGCCAGACGGAGCGUUUUUGAUCCGGGAGAGCAGCAAGAAGGGCUGCUACGCCUGCUCUGUGGUGGUGGACGGCGAGGUGAAACACUGCGUGAUCCACAGCACGCCGCGGGGCUUCGGCUUCGCCGAGCCCUUCAACCUCUACGGCAGCCUGAAAGAACUGGUCCUCCACUACCGCCACACCUCCCUGGUGCAGCACAACGACUCGCUCAACGUGCGCCUCACCCACCCCGUUUACGCACACACGCCCUCCAUCUGCAGAUGAACCCCAGGAGGGCGGAGCCUCACAGAGAACGGACGGAACACCCGCCGCCUCGACUGCAUCAGCAAAACUAUUUUUACAAGAACUUCUUCAGAGGGCAUUCUUCAAAACAACUGCUUGAUUUGCACAAGGAGGUUUAAAUGUUUGUGAAUGUGAAGUUGAGGAGCGACUGAAGGACGGAAACGAAGAAGGAGCUUCAGGUCGACCCAGCUGCUACCCGCCAUCCUGCUCCUUCCCCACAGAACGGCUCACGGUUCGGUUCCUCCUCCGUCGGUCAGAGGACAAAUGUAGCAAAACAGGCUGCUGUUUUUCUUUUUUGUUUUUUUGUUUUCUGGUGAGUAAAACGGCAGCGACCAGAACCAGAGACCAAAGGAUGGCCCAUGUUUGGGAGAGGAGGAGCCAGCUUCAGGGCUUUAUUAGGCCUCACCCUCCAGGAACGAGCUCUUCAAACCAAAUCAGAUGCUUUAGAUUAGAGGAAUCCAGAAACCAGUUAAAACUGGUUCUGAUUCUGAGCAUCAGUUACUUCAGAUCCACCUGCUAAAAGCCCAAUAGAGACGCCCAGCCGUCUAACACCUAAAUUUACAGAUUUUUAGACCAGAACCAGAGCUGAUCUUAAAGGUACCGUUUGACCCAAUUUCUAGACUGCUUUAAAAAAGCUCCAGCAGAUGAGACGGGUUCAAAUCUUUACUGACAUCUGGUGGUUUAACUAAAAACUGCAGCAGAACUGAGUCAAUACUAAGAUCAUUAAGUCAAAGUUAAAACUGUCUGCUGUUCAGGAACAAUAGGGGUAAUUAGAAAAAAAAAAUCUUUUUGAAGUUCAGAUCAUAUCUGAGGUUCCAAAGAUUCUUACUUCGAUGAAUGUUUGGUUUUAACCAUCAUAAAUUAGCUGCAGCUUUAGUCCCAUUGGAAGGAAAACCGCUAAAUGUUUUAAAACAACCAAAGGCGAGGAGUUAAACAGGCUCUAGCAUAAAACGGUCCGUUUGGACUGAACCCGUCCAGCAGAUCAUUGGCUUUCAGAAGUGGUGGAAGAAAUGUAAGUGGAGAGUUUCCUUCCUGUGAAGGUUUGGCCUGUUGUCCCAGAUGGACCCAGUUCUGACCCAGACAAAGGCGCCGCCUUCCCUCUGCUAACCAUGCUAACGGACAGUUAGCCAGAGAUUGGUGUGAAUGUGUGUCUGACCGGAUCAGUUGGAAGAAAAUCCAGAUUGGAAGCUGUUGAGCGGGGGAGUUCACGGAAGAGGAGCUGAACCGGAACCGGUUCUGUGCCGCUCAGACUGAAUGAUGCUGUUUUCAUGUCAGACUUCCUGAAAUCCUCCAAACUUUGGAUGUUUGAGUUUCUGAGUUUCUCCGACAACAAAACGGUUCCAUGGGACCGGAUGAGGCGGACCUCCAGCGGUACCACAGACUCUGCCUCUUUUAUUUCUGCAGAACAAACAGCACAAAGUACUGGAACCGGUCCGGUUCCUCCUUCCUGUCUCUAUCCGCUCUGUUUUCUCAUCCCGGACAGCGGCAGAACCAGAACGUGUUCUCGAAUGUACAAAGGCGAGUUCGGACCAGUCUGAGUCGUCUCUGACCGCCCGGUAACCUCUGCAGGUGCUAUUGGGGAACCGGGCCGAGCAGACGGGGAAUUUUCCGGUUUUUAUCCCUCAGGUGUUUUCAGGUUUACCGUCCGGACUCCGGAAUGAAGCCAGCGGUUCGGGAAAAUCCAGAACAAAUCAGGGUUCUUUUGGAUCACUUUUCUCCUCGUUUAUUUGGUCUCUCCUUCCUCCAGCACCGCAGGGUUCUGACCCUUUCUAGCUGUUUGCAUGGGGACCUCCCCAAACUCGUACUACUUGAAGUGUCGGUCGGCCGCCGUUGAAUGUCUUUCUAUGAGAAUUUAUUAAAGUUUAGAGGAAGAAGAGUUCCCUCCGUUUAUGCCGAGCAGAGUUUUAUCCCAGAUGAUGUACAGUAUUGGUUCCAGGCAGGACCGCCGCUCUCAGAGGUCCGAUGGGUUUUCCCUUCAUGCAGGGCUCGCAUGAAGUUGCACACAUUUACCUGUGAUGUCUGCUUACAUGGAGAUGUCUUAUCGUACAGAUAUAGAUCUAUAUUUACAGUUUAUAUGAAGCUAAAAGGAGGAACAGUUUGACAGCUCGUUUUUUGUCCCUGAAACAUUUAAACCAAAGAUUUUAGUUUGAAUCUUUUCCUUUAUUAGAGGAUUUUUCUUUGCUUUAACAGACAGAAACUGCUGGGAAAUGAUGUUUGGUUCCGUCUGUAAAAUCCUACAUUCCAGAGGUUAAGAGGUCAGACUUUACUCCAUCUGGACACCUCUAGUCUAUGUGCUGUGAUGAAAAUCUGUCUUCUGUCGGGGAUUUCAGGAGAAAACGAGCAGAACCGGCAGCGUCACAGCUCUCCUACUCAUGCAAUUCUCUCUAUUUGCACAUGAUGACCGCAGCAGGAGUCUGGGCCGAGUUUUUCUUUUCAGAAAAUCGUCCUGCAGAAAUCUCUGCCUCAGUUUCCAAAAUUCAGGGUUUAGUUUCAGGAUGUCGAUAAUCAGUUUAGAGCGAAAUUAGUCUUUUUUUGUUUAUUGUAAUGAACCAGAGCACUUGUUUUUAAUAUAAAAAUGUUAUAUUGAGACAAUUUCUUCCUAUCUAAUGGUUGAUUCUUUUAUUUAUUUUUUUUAAUGGAAGCCCUGUCACUAUUAUAAUAUUUAUGGAUUAAGUUUGUUUUUACAAGUUUCCUCAACAGUCUGAUAAACAGUUUUACCUGCUGAUGAAUUUAAAAUAAACCUCAUAAAUAAAACGAAUGAAAUUCAUCAUAAAGUAGGAAAACAGAAUGUCUUUACGUAGACGAAUAAGUUAUAUAUUUAUUUAGUCAAAUUAGAUGUAGAGUUGAUAAAAGAGAUAAAAAUGGAAGAAAAGUAUUUCCCCAUUAGUUGGAUUUUUAUAAGACUGAGGUUUCUGUUGGAUGAUUUUUAUUUUUUUCUCUCUUUGCAAUAUUCCUCCUCCUUGUCGCCGCUUUCAUGUGACAGAAGCACCUUUUUUUUGUUUCAUGCACCGGGUUCCCCCUGCAGGUGGAACUUCCCUCAUGGCUCUCAAGUAAAAGCGAAGCAAAAGUUAGCAAAACGUACCAAAACAAUCCGUUUGAUCAAGUUUACUUUCCACCGACUGUUUAGUUGAGGUUUCCUCUUUUGGGAAAACUCGACUCUUUCCUGGAUUUAUCUCCGGGACCCAGACUUAGGUCGGCGCCUGAGCGUUUCUACUCACAACCAUCCCAGGACUGUUAAAGACAGCGACUGUCUGUCGUUACUCCUCACCGUCGAGCAGCUCUGCAAAGUUUUAUUUGCAGUGAAGGUUUGAAUAAGUCUGAUUCUCCCAGAGGAGUCGUGUUGUGUUCUUACCACUGCGUUUGUAAACUACGUCACCCAGCACAGCUUCGAUGAGGAACGGCUUCUUAUAUAUAAAUAAAUAAAUAUCAAAAGAAAAAAAGAUUUUUAAAGACUGUAUAUGGCACCCGUCCCGUUCUCCCCUUUUACAGAUCCAGCAUGCAUAUUUGGUACUUGACUGUUGUUUUUUUUGUGUAAUAAAUGAAAACUGUUAAAAAGAUGUCUUUGGAAAACAGCUGUUCUUUGUCUGUUUAUGGUGUUUUCAGAUCUGAAUUGAAUCAUGAGAAAAUCUAACCUCACUUCUUGCAGCUCAAACUUCUUGUCUUAUUUUUUUCUGUCAGUUUGAUGCUUAAAACAACGGGACGCCCUGAAAGACGAGUUUCUUCCACCCUUAGUUUUUAUUUUUAACGUUCCGAUUGUCCAAAGCCUCGUGUCCAGCUGAACUGCUCUUUCUGGGCGUCUCGUUCUCCCUCAUCUGCUUCAAGCUUUUCUCGAUAUUCUCUCCAGUUUCGCUCCUUCACGCUACACUUUAUGUUCUCGUAUCGGUUGCUGAAGUUCAUUGGUUGUAAAUUCUGAAUUUGUUUGUUUGAGCUGAAGUCAUGAAUCAGUGGAACUCCACCAUGUUCGAUUCUGUUGCAGAAUAAAGAAAAUAUUUUGAUCAAAUGCA